AUGUCCCUCCCACGUCGAUCCUACGACCCACGCCGGGUCUGUCGAAUCCCCCUUCCCCAACUCCCCGCAUUUCUUCAAACCUCCAAACGUCAACUUGGCAUCUAUCUCUCUGGCGCUCUCUUCGCUCUCGGCUGGUGGUUCUUCCUCGAUGCAACCAUCAUCUCCAACAUCCGACGCAAACCCCCUCUUGACCCAACGAUCCCCUUUGAACCACCAGCAACCUACAUCACUUUCGCCGACUGGCUUCCCGGUCUUUGCGGCACCUUGGGUGUGAUUGUAGUCAAUUUGAUCGAUAAGCAACACUUGACCGAUGUCGGUGCUGCAUUUAGCUUCGGUGCCGGUGCAGGAGCGUUCUCGGGUGAUACCGUACAAUGGAGAGCAAGGCUUUUCCUCUUUAUCGGCUUCGCGCUCAUGGCAGGUGGAUUGGCGGGCAGCAUUACCGUGUUGACGGUCAAGUAUUUGGUGCCGGUGCUGCCGCAGGGGUACGAGUAUUAUGGAGUGGCCAACGUGGUGCAGAAUGCUGCGAUUAUGUCUUCGACGGUGCUAUUGUGGUUGAGUCAGAAUACGGAGAGUGAGUACGAGUAUAAUCUUACUCUUUAA